AUGGCGAGCGCCCCUGGUUGGGCUGCUUACACCUGCGAAGAUGAUUACAUGUCUGGCGAUUUCUUCGGCCAGUUCAGCUUCUGGGACGACGCUGACCCGACGAAUGGUUUCGUCGAUUACGUGGAUCAAGGUACUGCGCAGGGUACCGGCCUCAUCAACAACGAUGGAGGCAAGAUCUACAUGGGUGUAAAUCACACCGCCGUGCAGAACGAGGGACGCCAAAGCGUCCGUCUCACCAGCACCAAGUCUUACCAGUCCGGCCUUGUUAUACUCGACCUCGAGCACAUGCCGGGCGGCAUCUGCGGCACCUGGCCGGCCUUCUGGAUGGUUGGUCCCGACUGGCCAAGUCAAGGCGAGAUCGACAUCAUCGAGGGAGUCAACGAUCAAUCUUCCAACGCCAUGACCCUCCACACCGGUCCUGGCUGCUCGAACUCUGCCACUUCUUCCGCAUUCACAGGCACCAUCAAGACCGACAACUGCGACGUCAAUGCCCAAGGCCAAGACAAGAACGCCGGCUGCGGCAUCACGACUAGCGACACCAACACCUACGGCGCCGGCUUCAACCAAAACGGCGGCGGCGUCUACGCUACCGAAUGGACAGGCAGCUCCAUCGCCGUCUACUUCUUCCCCCGCAACUCCAUCCCAUCCGACAUCAACAGCGAUUCGCCCGACCCCUCGUCCUGGGGUGAGCCCAUGGCCAAGUUCGAAGGCGGCUGCGAUUUCUCCUCCACGUUCAAAAACCAACAGAUUGUCUUCGACACCACUUUCUGCGGCGACUGGGCCGGCGCGACCUGGUCGGACAGCACAUGCUCGUCCAAGGCGAAUACUUGCAACGACUACGUCGCGAACAACCCGGAGGCGUUCAAGGACGCUUAUUGGUCAGUGAAAGCGCUCAAGGUCUACCAGAACAACGGCGGUGAGAGCUCGCCUAGCGAGCCGGCGCCUUCUGCUGCCCCAUCUACCUCUGUGCCGGCAUCCCACGGUCAACCUUCUGCUACCGCCUGGGGCGCGCCAUCGGCGUCCGCUCCUGGGUCUUGGGGUGCUCCUGCUCCCUCAGCAGCACCGAGCAGCAAGGCGCAGAGCUCGUUCGUCACUGUUCCUUCUGGAGCCCCUUACUCCUCGCCAUCCGGCUGGGCGCCAGUCGUCGGCAGCAGCGGCGUCAUGGUCUCUCCCGGCCCAACCUCCGCCGCCCCCGCACCAAGCUCAGCGCCUGCUGCCAGCUCCGCACCCGCCGCACCCAGCAGUCCCCCAGAAGAGUCCUGGGGCGGCUGGCCACACGCGAGCCACACAUGGGGUGGCGACCAGCCAUGGCAAUCUGGAGGCAACUGGGGUCAGGAGCACGAUACUGGACGUGGCGCGUACGUGGUCGGCGCGCCGGUGCAGAGGGGAACGAGGCAUAGGCAUCUGAGGAUGCAUAAGGCGCAUAAGGCUGGGAGGCUCUGA